UAGACAUCCAUCAAUUCGAUCUCGGAGGAGCACGUCGCCGUCGUUGAGAAUCAGCACCACUACUAACCCACAGCUUGCCGUCGCGGAUUCUUCACAAUGGCGAUCAAGCAUAACAACCAGAUCCCCCACAACCACUUCCGCAAGGAUUGGCAGCGCCGCGUCCGGUGCCACUUCGACCAGCCCGGCAAGAAGGCAUCGCGAAGAAUCGCACGCCGCGCAAAGGCCGCUAAGGUCGCUCCUCGCCCCGUCGACCUGUUGAGGCCCGUUGUGCAAUGCCCUACCAUUAAGUACAACCGCCGUGCCCGCCUCGGCCGCGGCUUCACCCUUGACGAGCUCAAGGCUGCUGGUCUGCACAAGCUCCAGGCCCGCACCAUCGGUAUCUCAGUCGAUGGCCGCCGCCGUAACCUUUCCGAGGAGUCGCUCGCCCGCAACGUCGAGCGCCUCAAGGCCUACAAGGCCAAGCUCGUUGUCAUGCCCAAGAAGGGCAAGAAGCCCGAGGUUGCCGACAAGACCGCCCACAAGAUCUCCGCCGUCGUCCCCAUCGUCCCCCCUGUUGGUGUCACCGAGAUCAGCAAGUCGGACAUCCCCAAGUCGGACAAGAGCGCCUACCGCCAACUGCGCGAGGCCAGGGCCAACGCCCGCCACGAGGGCAAGCGGGAGAAGCGUGUGAGGGAGAAGGCCGACGAGGAGAAGGCCAAGAAAUAGACAAGAUACCAUCAUCUAUGAAAAAGAAACGUCUUUCUAUCCUUGUCGCCGCCUUUUGUCUUUUUUCGGAGCUUUUUUCAUCUUUCUGUCAUGUUUCUUGGGCGUGUGGGGUGCAACGAACGAGACGUGGUUAUGGUUCUCUGCUCGUCACAGGCACAUCACACUAAAGGUAGUCUCGGUUGGUUCUGCUUUCUCGCGGUCUGCUCCAGGGAAAAUAAAAUUAGGAGAACAUGGUGUGGUGGUUUCUUUGGGCCGUUUAUUUCACGGAGCAACACAGGGCAUGGUUUCAGAAACUUCACUGCAUCGCGGGUCUGCUAGAUGUAUUCUGAUAAUGAAUACGGAAUGAAUGGGAAGGCAAAGCACUUUCUACUUGAUGCCUUGUGGUCACGGAUGGCAUAAUGGUGAUGUGAACAUUGACUUUUAA